AUCUCCAUGAUUAAGAUUAUUAAACAUUACAAACAAACAUCUGUGAGAUAAUGACGUCAAGUAUUGCUUAACAUUCGUUUUGCAAUGAACUUGGCCAUGUAAGGCGGUCACAAUAUCUUAGAUUAUGCAAACUGCGCAGUGUCAUAGAGGAGGAAACAUAUCUACAUAGGUGGUUUGGAUAGCGCUUAAUCUACGCUAUUAUAAUAUGGAGAUUUAUUAUACAAUCGGCUAGCAGUACGCUCCCAUGGGAAUCUCAUUGUGUGUUUGUAGAAUCCAAUGUUUCCAGAAUGAUUUGGUUAUUUAAGACAAAAUGCGUCUCGUCAUAGCCGCGGCCAUCUUAGCGGUAGCGCAGGCCAGGCCAGGUCUGAUCUACAGCCAACCCCUACUCCCUCUAGGAGUGGAGUACGCCCAAACCUCGCUCCCACAAGUAAGGCCCCACCCUGCUGUGGAACGAAAUGCUGCAAGCGAGGCCCUACUACCACGAGACUUGCUCAAAUCUAGCGAUUUUUACGACAACCCGUCAAUCGCUGCUGGCUUGGCUAAAGAAUCCUGGUUCACGAACAAGGAAAUGCAGGUAGUGGAACGCGAAGCUGAGAAAAUACCUCGCGAGAGAAUCUACCACAUCGUCAAGAGUGCCGGAUUUUUAGACAAUCAUUAAAUAAAUAAUUCAUGAAAAAAAACUUUGAAAAAUGACACUUUCUAUUAUUAUUAAAGCGAUAACAUUUAGCAUAAUUUUAAUGUGUAAAUUAUUUUGCAAUUACUAUUUUUAUUUAGCUUCAAUAUGGCGUGUGGUUGUGAGAAUGCGAGUGUACGUGCUUUUAGUAUUGAAUAAUUAUUUUCUUAGUUGCACUCCACUUUGUAAUUUUAUAAGAAUAUUGUAUGAGGAAUAUGUUAUAUUUGAGAGUAAAAUUAUGGACGUAAUGGAUUAGAUACUAAUUAUUUAGCUGCAGUUAGAUAAAUAUAAUACUAACUAUUAAUUUAUAAGAUUAAGGAUGGGUUGCACCGUCUAAUAAACUCACCCUAAAUUAAUAUCUAUUGUUUUUGUAUCUCGUCACCUUGUAUAUUUUACAUGAAUUUUAAACGUGAAUCUAAGUCAUAAGUUUGUAUAAUAUAAGUUUUUUUAGUAUUAAUAAGUAUUUUUUUUACUUAAUUUAUGCAUGCAAUGUUAUUAUCUGUAGUCAUCUGUGGUAUUUAUGUAAAAUAUUUGCAAAUUAUACGCGUAAUUUCAAUAAACCGGUUAGACUAAGUUGUUUUAAUUAGUUAAAUGGUGAGCAAAUUUGUAACUAAGUUAUAAUUAAGUACGAACUGUGAUCUCGGACAAUAAGUGCUUAGGCAAGUUAUUGUUCAAUUGUUAUGAUUAAAAACAAUUGUUUUAA